AUGUUGACAGAUGACAGCGCAUCCAGUGCCAAUCAGCUGCUCUCGUUUGUGGAGAGUACAGUGAAACCUGUAAAUAAUAGUGUUAGUGUAAAUAGUGUAAGUCAUAGCCGAAGUGGCGUAAGUGUUGACAAUGAGAGUGUACAAAAUGAUGUUGCUGCAACAAUGUUGCCCGCAACAUCGCCACCAACCAAACGAAAGCUGCGGCGCAAGUAUCCCACGAAAAUGCAAAAUCAAACAGAGCGAGCAUUGGGGUCAACGCAGGUGGCGCAGCGUUACAAAGGCAAACGGCGAAAAGUGUUGCUGCCGCGCGGACAACCGAAUGCAACCGCGCAGGCAACACGCAACAUGUCCGCUGGUGCGGUGCAACGGUUAAAUGCGGAAAAUAUACCAAAGAAUGUGCGAAAGCCACAAACGCUGCAGGAGCGGCAAAGGCAGCGACAGUUGCAACAACAAAAACAACAGUCUGCGCAACAGCAGCGCCAACUGCAGCGACCUGAUGAGUUGAAGCGGACUAAAGAUGCUCAGUUACAACAACAAAUUCGCGUGCCACCAACUUCGCACUUACAAAAACAAUACCAUUUCAUACCGCAACCCGACACACCAGCCACCACCCUACGCAUCAGCACGUCCAUCGAUCAUCAUCAUCAUCAGCAAAUCACAACGAAUACAACAACCACAAUACGACAACACAUACAGCAGCAGCCACCACAAGGUCCUCCAAACGAACAUCGUUAUGAACAUAGACAACAGCAACAACAGCAACAACAACAACAUACUGUUAGCAAUUCAAGCAGCAUAACGUCUAGACAUCAGCACACCCAUCAGCAACAACCGCAGAGCCAGCAACAUACCGUCUACGACACUACAACGAUACAGAAUCGUCAAGAUCACGUCGUCGUCCAGGGCAACACGGACAUAGUGGUGUAUCGCAAUAUUGGCACGUUGCCAUGCCCACCGAGCGUGCGUUUGGUGCCGCAUCGCUUCAUACCGGUGCACCCGCAGCAGCGUACAAGGCCAAGGGAAAUUUACUGA